AGCCCCGGCAGCCGCAGGUGCCGCCCGCCCUGGGCCAGUCCCGCGCAGCCCCGCGCCCAACGCCGCCCGCCCGGGUAGGUAGGCGUCUUUUCCUUGCUCUCUCCUCGGCUCCGGGAGCCCCUCUGCUAGCCCCCGUGCCCCGGGGCGGAAGCACCAGUCCGAGCUUCUUGAAGGAGAGGAAAGAGAACCAAGAUCGAGAUAUCGAGCUAAGGCUUUCAGAUCUCUGUUGAGUGAAGAUGAAUGUUUCUGCCAGGAGAGUUUAAUUGGAGGAUCUGGGUCUGGGCCGACUUGACCAUGGGAGCCAACACUUCAAGCAAACCACCAGUGUUUGAUGAAAAUGAAGAUGUUAACUUUGACCACUUCGAGAUUUUGCGAGCCAUUGGGAAAGGCAGUUUUGGGAAGGUCUGCAUCGUGCAGAAGAACGAUACCAAGAAGAUGUACGCAAUGAAGUACAUGAACAAACAGAAGUGUGUGGAGCGCAACGAAGUGAGGAAUGUCUUCAAGGAACUCCAGAUCAUGCAAGGUCUGGAGCACCCUUUCCUGGUCAAUUUGUGGUACUCCUUCCAAGAUGAGGAGGAUAUGUUCAUGGUAGUGGACCUCCUGCUGGGCGGGGACCUGCGUUACCACCUGCAGCAGAAUGUCCGUUUCCAGGAAGACACUGUGAAACUCUUCAUCUGUGAGCUGGCCAUGGCCUUGGACUACCUGCAGAGCCAGCGUAUCAUCCACAGGGAUAUGAAGCCUGACAAUAUUUUGCUUGAUGAACAUGGGCACGUGCACAUCACAGACUUCAACAUCGCCACGAUGCUGCACGGGGAGAUGCGACUCACCACCGUAGCGGGCACCAAGCCUUACAUGGCACCUGAGAUGUUCGACUCCAGAAGAGAAGCCGGCUAUUCCUUUGCUGUGGACUGGUGGUCCCUGGGAGUGACGGCGUAUGAGCUCCUGAGAGGCCGGAGACCAUACCAUAUUCGCUCCAGUACCUCCAGCAAGGAAAUCGCACACAUGUUUGAGACAGCUAUCGUGACUUAUCCCUCUGCCUGGUCACAGGAAAUGGUGUCACUACUCAAGAAGCUACUUGAGCCUAAUCCAGAUCAGCGAUUUUCUCACUUGUCUGACGUUCAGAACUUCCCGUAUAUGAAUGACAUGAACUGGGAUGCGGUUCUGCAGAAGAGGCUCAUUCCAGGUUUCAUUCCUAACAAAGGCAGGCUGAAUUGUGACCCCACCUUUGAACUUGAAGAAAUGAUUCUGGAGUCCAAACCUCUUCACAAGAAAAAGAAGCGUCUGGCAAAGAAGGAGAAGGAGAUGAGGAAAUGUGAUUCCUCUCAGAAGACGUGCCUUCUUCAAGAGCAUCUGGAGUCUGUCCAGAAAGAGUUCAUCAUUUUCAACAGAGAAAAAGUAAACAGGGACUUUAAUAGAAGACCGGCUAAUCUAGCCUUGGAACAAACCAAAGACCCCCAAGAGGAGAAUGGUCAGAAUAAGAAAUGAAGUCCUCCGCCUCUUCUGCUUGGGACCUUUCCUGCCACCUCAGGCCAGGAAUUGCUGACAGUAGUUCUCACCUCUCCACACCUCACACACCUUAGGAAAUGUGUACAAACGCCUUUGGGAGGAGGCAGCAUGACAGAGACAGAGAGUUCUGGGUCUCCUGGGACCUCGUUUCACCACGAAUUAACUAUGUUGCCUUGAGCAAGUCACUUCCUCUAUGGUCUUUGCUUUGGGUCAUUCACCUAAAUGAGAGGGUUAUACAAGAGGAGCUCUGUUCUCCCUUUCUACUGUUACCAUUCUGUUUUUCCACACAGCCUUUAUCUUUAUUUUAAAAGGAAUAUUGAGAUGUAGAUUUAUUUUUCCACUCAUUCUAACUACACUGUGACAAAUGGGCAAAUGGACACUGAUGGGUGGCUGGUGGCUGUGUGAGGCUCUUCAGAGCUAGAAAAUUUCUUAGAGGGGUCAGAGAGCCCCCAUCUGACGGAGGAGAGAGAAGGAAUUCAAUCAAGAAGCAAUGAAUGGGAGCGGAUUAGAAGUAACAGAUUUCUGAGGCCUUCCA